AUGGGAUGUUUUGGACCAUCAAAAGCUUCAAGAACAAGAAACAAAGAACAAGACACGACCAGACACAUCCCAUCUCCUCAACCUCAACCCACGAGAGUGGAAGAAGUUCUGUUACAAAUUCCGAGAUGCAGAGUCCAUCUCAUCGACGAAUCCGAGGCCGUAGAGCUCGCUUCCGGUGACUUCAAGCUCGUUAAAGUCUUAGACAACGGCGUGACUCUUGCUAUGAUCGUGAGAAUCGGACGUUACCUUCAGUGGCCUGUGAUUAGAGACGAGCCGGUGGUGAAACUCGACGCACGUGACUACCUCUUCACGCUUCCGGUUAAAGACGGUGAUCCACUUAGCUACGGUGUCACUUUCUCCGGCGACGACAGAGACGUAGCCCUCGUGAACAGCCUGAGGUUGCUUGACGAGUUCUUGAAGGAGAACUCUUGUUUCUCGUGUUCGGCUUCGAGUAAAGUUAGCAAUGGAAUCGAUUGGAAAGAGUUUGCGCCGAGGAUUGAAGAUUACAACAACGUUGUUGCUAAGGCUAUUGCUGGUGGAACAGGACAUAUCAUUAGAGGAAUCUUUAGUUGCAGUAAUGCUUACACCAACCAGCUUCACAAGGGAGGUGAAAUAAUGAUUACAAAAGCUGAGGAGAAGAGUGGUUCAUCCCAUAGAAAUGGAGGUUACAACAAUGGAGACUCCAGUAGUAGUGAGAAGAAAAAUGCAAUCAACACAAACCUUCAACGAGUGCGGAAGCUGUCAAAAGCGACUGAGCAUCUGAGCAAGACGAUGUUGAAUGGUGCUGGAGUUGUAAGUGGUUCUGUGAUGGUUCCUGUGAUGAAGUCGAAACCGGGGAUGGCUUUCUUCUCAAUGGUGCCAGGGGAAGUCCUCUUGGCUUCACUUGAUGCCCUUAACAAAAUACUAGAUGCAACUGAAGCGGCUGAGAGACAAACUCUAACUGCCACAUCCAGGGCUGCUACUAGAAUGGUCAGUGAGAGGUUUGGAGAGAACGCAGGAGAGGCGACCGGAGAUGUAUUAGCAACCGCGGGGCACGCGGCUGGAACUGCAUGGAAUGUUCUCAAGAUCCGCAAGACUUUCUAUCCUUCAUCUUCUCUCACAUCCGGGAUCGUCAAAAAUGCUCCAAGAAAGUGA